GGUCAGUCAGUCGCUCCCUGUCGCUGCGGGAGUCUCUGCUUCCCCCUUCCUACCCGCUCCGCGGCGGUAGCUCAGGCUCUUCGGGGAGGGGGAGACGGAGAGAGAGAGAGAGACUGACUUAAUAAAGUUUCCUGAAACAACAACUACUACCAAAAAAGGCCCAAGGUGGGGGGGACCCCCAUUCUUCCCCGCCCUCUCCAAAAGCCUGAGGGACCGUUGCAGGUGGAGCGGCGCUGGGGGGAGCCGGGCUCCGGCGGCAGCCGUUGCCCCGGCGAGGGGCACCCAGGUCCUGCCCGCUGUGGUUCCGGCUCCUUCGGUGGCGGCUGCGGCUUCUGCGGGGCGGUUCCUCCUGUCAACUGCCUGCGCCCGCGCGCCACCCGCCCGCCCAGCUCCACAGCGCGGAGGGACGCCGUGAGCCGCCGCCUCCGUCGCCGUCGCCUCGGGCCGCGGAGGGACGUGGUGAGCUGUGGCGCUUCCGCGUCAGCGCCGGCGGGGACUCUUUGGGAGCGCGUCGGGCCCGAACCCCGGUUCCCUUCGCGUGGUCCGCCGAGGCUGCGCCAGGUGGGGCCCGAAGCCGCCUCCCACGCCAGGCUGUCCCCGCGGCUGCCCGGCCUGCCUUCCUUCCUUCCGCCUGCCCGCCCUAGGAGUUAACCAAGCCGCAAUGAAGAGCUUCUUACAGUGAAAGGAAAGUAGGUCUCGCCCACUGAAAAUGCCUUUAAGGGACAAAUACUGUCAGACUGACCACCAUCAUCACGGAUGCUGUGAACCAGUUUAUAUCCUGGAACCUGGAGAUGCUCCUUUGUUACAGCAACCACUACAGACAUCCAAAUCUGGUAUUCAGCAAAUAAUUGAGUGCUUUCGAUCAGGAACUAAACAACUUAAGCAUAUUUUAUUAAAAGACGUGGACACUAUUUUUGAAUGUAAAUUAUGCCGCAGUCUCUUCAGAGGAUUACCAAAUUUAAUUACCCAUAAAAAAUUCUACUGCCCACCAAGUCUCCAGAUGGAUGACAACCUUCCUGAUGUAAAUGAUAAACAAAGUCAAGCCAUAAACGAUCUCCUAGAAGCCAUAUAUCCAAGUGUGGACAAGCGAGAAUAUAUUAUUAAGCUAGAACCCAUAGAAACUAAUCAAAAUGCAGUGUUUCAGUAUAUUUCAAGGACUGAUAAUCCUACUGAAGUCACAGAGUCAAGCAGUACUCCUGAACAAACCGAAGUUCAAAUACAGGAAACUAGCACUGAACAGUCUAAAACAGUACCAGUUAUAGAUACAGAGGUGGAAACUGUAGAGCCCCCUCCUGUUGAGAUUGUUGCAGAUGAAGUUGCACCUACAUCUGAUGAGCAACCUCAGGAAUCACAGGCUGACUUGGAAACUUCUGACAAUUCUGAUUUUGGUCACCAGUUGAUAUGUUGUCUUUGUAGAAAAGAAUUCAAUUCCAGACGAGGCGUUCGUCGUCACAUUCGAAAAGUACACAAGAAAAAGAUGGAAGAACUAAAAAAGUACAUUGAAACACGAAAGAAUCCAAACCAGUCCUCUAAAGGACGCAGUAAGAAUGUUCUAGUUCCAUUAAGUAGGAGUUGUCCAGUAUGUUGUAAAUCAUUUGCUACAAAAGCGAAUGUAAGGAGGCAUUUUGAUGAAGUUCAUAGAGGACUAAGGAGGGAUUCAAUUACUCCUGAUAUAGCAACAAAGCCUGGGCAACCUUUGUUCCUGGAUUCUGUUUCUCCUAAAAAAUCUUUUAAGACUCGAAAACAAAAGUCGUCUUCAAAGGCUGAAUACAAUUUAACUGCAUGCAAAUGCCUCCUUUGCAAGAGGAAAUAUAGUUCACAAAUAAUGCUUAAAAGACAUAUGCAAAUUGUCCACAAGAUAACUCUUUCUGGAACAAACUCUAAAAGAGAGAAAGGCCCUAAUAAUACUGCCAGCAGUUCAGAAAUAAAAGUUAAAGUUGAACCAGCAGAUUCUGUAGAAUCUUCACCCCCUUCCAUUACCCAUUCUCCACAGAAUGAAUUAAAGGGAACAAAUCAUUCAAAUGAAAAAAAGAACACACCGGCAGCACAGAAAAAUAAAGUUAAACAAGACUCUGAAAGCCCUAAAUCAACUAGUCCGUCUGCUGCAGGUGGCCAGCAGAAAACCAGGAAACCAAAACUUUCAGCUGGCUUUGACUUUAAGCAACUUUACUGUAAACUUUGUAAACGUCAGUUUACUUCCAAACAGAACUUGACUAAACACAUUGAGUUGCACACAGAUGGGAAUAACAUUUAUGUUAAAUUCUACAAGUGUCCUCUUUGCACUUAUGAAACUCGUCGGAAGCGCGAUGUGAUACGACAUAUAACUGUGGUUCAUAAAAAGUCAUCCCGCUAUCUUGGGAAAAUAACAGCCAGUUUAGAGAUCAGAGCUAUAAAGAAGCCCAUUGAUUUUGUUCUAAAUAAAGUGGCAAAAAGAGGCCCUUCGAGGGAUGAGGCAAAACAUAGUGAUGCAAAACAUGAUGGCACUUCUAACUCUCCUAGUAAAAAGUAUGAAGUAGCUGACGUUGGUAUUGAAGUAAAAGUCACAAAAAACUUUUCUCUUCACAGAUGCAAUAAAUGUGGAAAGGCAUUUGCCAAAAAGACUUAUCUUGAACAUCAUAAGAAAACUCAUAAGGCAAAUGCUUCCAAUUCACCUGAAGGAAACAAAACCAAAGGCCGAAGUACAAGAUCUAAGGCUCUUGUCUGGUGAGGAACAGUUACAGAGUUUUGCUUUUUUCCCCCCAUCGAACUAAAAAAAAUCAUUUGACCAUAAUUUAUAGCUGGUUCCAUUUUAAUACAUGUUUGCUUCCAUAUAUCUUAUGGCAUUGGGAACUGCAAGAGUAAUGUGCAUAUUGCAUUUACCUCUUCAGUGACCUUUAUUCCAGUGGCUUGGGAACAAAAGUUAACUUCAGAACUUAUCUUCCACAGGACAAUGCAUUAUAGUUCUAGGUAGAUGGCACAGGGUCAGUGCUUUCCUCUCAAUGUUGUAAAAUAUAUACGUUUAUAUUGGCUUAUGUUUACAAUAGAAGUCUUCUGUUUAACUAACUUUGCACAGGUUUAAUUUGAUUUAGUGACUUAGUCUACUAAUGAAUACAUUGUAGGAAAAGUUAAAUAUAUUAGAAUGAAUUUGUGAAGGCGAUAAUUAUAGGAAAAAAGUCUUUUGAGGCACUGUAAUUAUUGUAAAAAUUAAUCUGUGACGGCUAAAUAAAGUGCUGCACUAAGAAAAAGAAAAUCCCCAAAUUGAAUUUAGAACAAUUAGCAUUUAUUAUUUAUGUUUAACAUAGUGCUUCCAGUCAAAGGGGGGAACUUGAUAAACAAAAGUUUGGAUUUUUUUUUUCCUUCUCCUUAGGAGUGUGUGUUAGUUACCGUUUUUAGUUUUGAUCUGCGGAAAAAGUGAUUAUUUAGGUUCAAAAUCUUACUUUUCCCUUUUUGUUUCAACAGACUUUUUGUGAUCAUUUCAACAUAGUUAAUAUUAUUAAGUAGGUUGUUUUUUUUUUUUAAUUUUUUUUGUGGUUGUGCGUUGCAAGAAAAGGAAAAUCCCUAUUGGGAAAAAAAAAUUUACUUUUUUAGAAGGUUUUGGAAUAAAUGUAGAUUUUUAAAAUGCAAUAUGAAAUAAGGAGUAGACUCCCUCUACUUGGUUUUGCAAGUCUAUCUAUAUUUUUAAAAGUUUACCUUCAGUACCUGUGUCCCCUGUAUUAAGGCAUUUAAUAUAUUUAAUUAGUAUUAAAUUAGUUUGGAAUUCAGGUUCUAGGCAGUAUACUUAGUUUGAGUACUGAGUAGGUUAAAUGUUGUGAUUUGAGUAUCACACAUGUUUUUAUUUGUGUGGAAACUUGAGGUGAAACCAUCCUUUAGAAGUGAUUUACUGUUGUAUAAUUUUUAAAACAAGGUUUUAUUGGUAAACUCAAAAGUGUUCAUUUAUUCCCAUUUCUCCUCAGAUAACUUCAAGUGAUGUACGAAAAGGUUUGGAGUUCAUUUUUGUGGAAAGACUUUAAAUUGGUGUUAGAACCACUAAACGUCUUCAAAUGGUACUAUGAGAAAAAAAGGAAAAACAUUUUCAUAAAUAUUCGACUGUAACUGCUGUUUUCUGACUAAAAUAAUAACCAUCUAACCACUUGUUUCUAAGGCACUGCCUCUUCCAGCACUUUCAAGUAGCUGUGACAUUACAUAUUGUCAUCACAGUCCAUCAGCUAACCACCCUUGACCUUGUGCAUUUGGUCUGCAGUUCCUACAAAAAUGUUGCAAAUUUUGUUUUCCAAACAAUUUGUUGAUUAAAGCGAUCAACAACUUGAAGAAUAUAUCACCACUGGUGAUUUUUAAUUGACAGAGACUUUAUAUCUUAGUGACUUUAGUUUUGUUUCACUUUAUUUGGCAAAAUUUUCAUCUGAAUUGUACAGAUCUAUUUCCUAGUGAGUGUAUGUUAGGACCAAAAGAGAAAUUAGUAUCAACAUAUUAUAAAUAUUUAGCCUACUAAGUAUUUGUAAUUAUUUUUACAUUCAUUUAUUUCUAACUUGUUCUCCAGCACUUAAAUGUUUGAAAGUUUCAUUCUAAAAUAUAUUCAGCAGAAAGUUCCAGUUCAUUUUCGUCCAUGGAUCAUUAUUUUUAUUUGUCAACAUCUGAGGUUUUUAUGAAAAUUAAACAUUCCCCUUUUUUUCUUAAAUUUUAUACAAAGCACUUUAAUAAUAGAUGCAACUUAAUUUUUCAGUUUCUGUAUAUUUUUUUUUAAAGACCACACAUUUACUAAUGUUAGUAUGAAGGUAGUAAAUAGCUUACUGAUAUUUUAUGGAUGCAGACAAUCCAUGCACAACCACUUCUUAUGAUAUUAGUUUAAUUCUUUAAAUAUUGCUAAAAAAGGAAGAUGGGAGUAUAAACCCUGAAGUUUUUUCUCCCGAGUAAAAUCUUAAAUGACUACUUUAGAUGAUAUUUGAUUCCUACUGUAAAAUUUGGAAAAUAAUGAAUUCUUGUCCAUUUUUGUAAUCAAGAUUUUAGGAAAAACAGAAGUACAUCUAUCUUUAUGAAAUAUUGGGCAGGUUUUUGUGUAUCAAUAUUUUGUACUUUUUAGGGAAUAUUUUAUUUUUUAGUAAUUUUUGUCAAAUUAUAAUUUUAAAAGGUACAGCAGAGAACAUACCAUGUUUUUAUAUAGGUUCAUACCUGUACUUAGGAGGGACCCUGUCCAUCUAUAUACUUGUAAAAAUUUUAAAGUGUUGAAGAUCCACAAGGUCAUAAUAAAAUGCUUCUAUAGCUAGAAAAACAUUUACCCUUCCCAGUGCUUUGCACUAAAAUAUACUGUGAAAGGAAACUAGAAAGACUGUAACUGUUGCUGGAAAUGUUCUAUAUUGAAUGUACAUGCUCUUGUUGGAAAAAUGUACUAUAUGUGAUGGAAAUAAACCAGACUCAAAAUUAUUUCAGCUAAAUGUGCUUCAACAAAGGUGCAUUGGUUGAAACUUAAA